AUGGUGGACGUGCCUCUCUACGUCGUCUCGGACUACGCAUCUUCCGAGAGACGGAUUACCCCGUCGUGGUCCAUCUCCCAGCUCAAAGCCAAGCUGGAGUCUAUCACAGGCAUCCCUCCGUCCUGCCAGCGAAUCUUCCUCAAGACAUCAUCCAACGAGAAGAUUGCGAUAGAGGCUCCAAACGAGGAUGCCGUUUACCUGCAGCAAUUUCCCCUUACGCCUUAUGCUGACUUGGUGGUUGUUGACACACGACCUGUCUCGGCAAGGCCCAACCUCUCGAGUACUGCUGGGGUUGAGAAAUUCGUCCUCCCGGAGGAAGAGUAUGAGAAGAAGACAGAUUCGGUUCUCGCCUGGAAGAAGGCCCAGAAACUCGGCCGAUUCGACCCCAACGCCCCAAGCCACGAGCAGGCAAAGAUCGCUGCCAUCGCUCAAGAGAUCGAAGCCCGGGGGAUUGCCGUCGGGAAGCGAUGCAGGGUAGGGGAAGACGACACCAGGCGUGGCGAGAUCAAGUAUGUAGGUGAUGUUCCCGAGAUCCCUGGGCUCGGCGCCUGGGUCGGCGUCCAGCUGGACGAGCCAGUCGGCAAGAACGACGGAGGCAUUGGCGGCACCCGGUACUGGGGCGAAGAAUCACAAAUCAAGCGUGGCAUAUUCGUCCGACCAGAGCGCGUCGAGGUCGGCGACUUCCCCGUCCUGGACUAUCUUGAGGACAUGGAGGAGAUUUGA